CUCCCGCCGCGUCUCCGAGUGCUAGCGGUCAGCGGGCGCCCAUCGGGCUGGCGGGCGGGGACCGUGGGCGAGCGAGGGCGGAGCGGCCCUGGGCGCGGGCCGGCGCACCAUGUACACCAUCACCAAGGGGCCCAGCAAGCUGGUCGCGCAGCGCCGCACAGGUCCCACGCAGCAGCAGGUGGAGAGCAGGCUCGGCGAGCUCCUGAAAUGCCGGCAGCCCGCGCCGCCGGCCUCGCCACCCCCGCGAGCGCAGCCCUCGGCGCCGCAGCCCGGACCCUGGCCCUUGUCGAGUCUAGGGCCGAGACUUGUGUUCAAUCGAGUGAAUGGCCGGCGGCCCCUCACCACCUCCCCAUCUCUGGAGGGAACCCAAGAGACCUACACACUGGCCCACGAGGAGAAUGUCCGCUUUGUGUCUGAAGCCUGGCAGCAGGUGGAGCGACAGCUGGAUGGUGGCCAGGCCAGUGAGAGUGGGCCAAGGCCUGUGCAGUACGUGGAGAGGACACCCGAUCCCCGGCUACAGAACUUCGUGCCCAUCGAUCUGGAUGAGUGGUGGGCCCAGCAGUUCCUGGCUAGGAUCACCAGCUGUUCGUAGUGGCUGCCUGAGAAGGAACACUGACGCGGUGGACCCUUGACCAGAGGAGGCCAUGGUACCCUCCACCUUGCAGUCAGCUAGAAGCUGGCCUCACCUGAAGUGCCACAUUUGGACUUUUGCACCUGUGGUUCCUCGGUCCAGCUAUCCCAAGCUGGCAGGGGCCAGAGGCGGAACCUGUCUGACCUCAAUCCUGCUCACUGCCCAGGGACCAGCCCCUGGGGCUGGCAGGGAAGAGCUGCAGGCUAAUAAAGUUGAGAAACUGC